CAGAAGAUUUUUUUUUGCUCUUGGUUGCUGGAAUUAGAACUAGUAUGCCAACAAUACUCGCAAUUGUUGUCAUACUAGUUCUAUAUUUCAUUCUCGUUCUUAAAUUUUUAACUUGAGUAAUUCCAAUAAUAUGCAGUUUGUAUUACAAAUAUUAAGAUGAAAUAUAUAUUUUUUUAAUGUAAAUAUAACCAUAGAAAUAGCCCAUGUACUGACUUGUAUUUCUUACUUUGACACAAAGGACAAAACAAUGAGUUUUGAUAGUGAUGAAGUUGAGAUAUUGAUGAGUAACACAAGUGUACAAGGUGGUGUGAAUUUAGAAGAUGUGAAUUUAGAAGAUGUGAAUUUGGAAGAUGUGGAUUUAGAAAAUAUUGUUAAUUUGGAAGAUGGAGUCCAAGUGGAAGAUGGAGCGAAUGUUGAUGGAGGAGCCAAUGUCAUUUCCUCGUCGAGUAGUGGUCCUUCGGAACCAUUCAUUGGUAUGUUAUUUGAGGAUGUGGAAGACGCCCAAGCCUUUUACAAGGCAUAUGCAAGACGAAAAGGUUUUGCAAUUAGAACGAAUCAUACUCGGUUGUCGAAAGAUGAUAAAAGUCUUUGUGCAGUAGACUAUGUAUGCACAAGAGAAGGAUUUCGGCGGGCAAGUCGGAAAGAACAAGAUCGAACAAUCCCUGAACCAGCUGAGACGAAAAUUGGAUGUAAAGCAAUAAUGGGAAUAAAAAAGGAUGGUGAAAAAUGGAUAGUCAACAAGUUUGUGGUUGGACAUAACCAUAUUUUACUUACACCGAGAAGUACUAGUUUUCUUCGUGGACACAGAGGAGUUAGUAAAGUCCAGAAAAAGCUUAUUAUGACUUUGAAUGAGUCCGGUGUACCGACAAGAAAGAUUAUGUCGGUCUUGAGUAAAGAAUCUGGUGGUGACUUUAAUGUUGGCUGUAUUGGCAAGGAUGUUGAAAAUUACGUGGGAAACAAAAGGAGAAAAGUUUUUGAAGAGGGAGAUGCACAAAGGUUAUAUUGUUAUUUUGUUGAUCGACAACAAAAAGAACCUGGGUUUGUUUUCUCCAUGCAAGUUGACAAAAAUGGGUGUAUGGGAAGUUGUUUUUGGGCUGAUGCGCGAUCAAGGGCUGCAUACCAGUAUUUUGGGGAUGUUGUUACAUUUGAUGCCACGUACUUGACUAAUAUUUAUAAGAUGCCAUUUGUGCCGUUUUCUGGAGUUAAUCACCAUCAUCAAACCAUUAUGUUUGGUUGUGCUCUGUUAGUCAGUGAAACUGCCGAAUCAUAUACAUGGUUAUUACGAACAUGGCAAGAGGCAAUGUUAGGUCGUGCUCCUUCAACUAUAAUUACCGAUGAUGACAAGGCAAUGGCAAAGGCCAUUGGAGAGGUGCUCCCGAAUACAAUUCAUAGACUAUGCUUGUGGCAUAUUUUACAAAAGUUUCCCGAACACUUGGCGCAUGCAUAUAACAAAUAUCCGGACUUUCAAAAAGAUUUCCGCCAUUGCAUCCAUGAGACAAUUACAACUGAGGAGUUUGAGCAGGAAUGGGCUUUGAUACUAGUGAAGUAUGAGUUAGCAGAAAAUGCUUGGCUGCAAAAUCUUUAUGCCCGACGGGAUAAGUGGGUUCCGGCUUACUUACGUUCAACAUUCUGCGCUGGUAUGUCAACAACUCAAAGGAGUGAAAGUAUGAAUAAAUUUUUCAAAGACUAUGUCAAAUCAAGCACUAUGGUUAGUGACUUUGUGCAUCAAUAUGAAAAAGCUAUAGAUGCACGUUAUUUCAAAGAGAAAGAGAAGGAUGUGCGGACAAAAUCUACACGGGCGAUAAUGAAGACACCUCUUAAAAUUGAAGAGUAGGAGGCAAUGGUUUAUACAAGAAAGUCCUUCAUGAUCUUCCAAAAUGAACUUUUCGAUAGUCUUCGAUACCAAGCAAGAAAAUUAUCAAAAGAGGGUGACUCCAAGACAUAUGGAGUCAAUGCUUACGGUAAAGAAACACCUCUUUACCAUGUGACGCUUGAGGGUGAUGAAGAACAUGCAACAUGUACUUGCCAUAAGUGGGAGUUUAUGGGAAUUCUUUGUAGGCAUAUCUUGUGUGUUCUUGGGAAGAAAAUGAAGUUAGAUAGAUUGCCACAACAUUAUGUGCUAGAAAGAUGGACUAUUAAUGCUAAGAGCCGACCCAUUCCUGACAUACCAUCUCCUGAAGGGCAUAUUCGGGAAGGACUAGAUGAGCCUACGAUGAGAAAAACCAAAACGAUGUUACAACUUUACGACAUUGUCGAACUAGGCUCACAGUCAGUAGCGAAACAUAAUCACCUCACAGUUGCAUUGGAGAAGGUUCACAAAGAGUUACUUGAGAUGGAGGAUAAUGUAGAAUGUUCACGAGCAUGCGAACCAACGAAAGAUGAUCACAACAUGGGAAGUCAAGUUAUAUCGAACUUCUCACAAACGGUCCAGGAUCCUCCAAGGGUGCCAACAAAAGGACGUCCAAAAUCUUUGAGAGCGAAGAACCCAAAAGAAACACAUGCGACGAAGAAGAGACACUGUAGCAUUUGCAAGAAUGAAGGGCAUGCUAAAAACAAUUGUCCGUCGGUGAGGGAUAUUGGGCCAACAAUUGACAACAUAUCGCAACACGUUGAUCCAUAGUGCUAUAUUUAUGGGAGUGGGCAUGUUCAUUCCGAGCUAGUAGUAGAGUUCUUGGGAUCAAACAUGUUUAUUGGAAGCUUUGUUAAAUUUUAUUUGGGCGGAAGCUUUGUACAAUUUUAUUUUUUGGUAACUUGGUUGUAAAAUUUUGUUAAAAACGAAUCUAAGUACAAUUUUAUUUGGGCGGAAGCUUUGUUAAAUGGAAACUUUGAUUAUUUUGUUUUUGGAAGAUGCA